CAUCCAUGAGGCUGUGCAUCAUGUCUGCGCCCAUGACUACAGUGGUGCAUCGUCUUUGACUUCAUAUCUUCUCAUUGCAUACGGCUUCGUUGACUCCUGACUCACUCACCCCAUCCAUGAUAAUUUUUCCUGUGCAAAAAUGUCUAAAAGACGUAUAGAAGACGGUUCUCGGUAUGAGAAGAUUCAGUUUCUCGGUGAAGGACAGUUUGCCACUGUCUACAAGGCACGAGAUGCUGAAGAGGACAAGAUAGUUGCAGUAAAGAAAAUAAAGCUAGGGACAAAGCGAGAAGCAAUAGAUGGGGUCAACCGAACUGCAUUGCGUGAAAUCAAGCUCCUCCAAGAACUUCAUCAUCCCAACAUCAUUGGACUCCUUGAUGUGUUUGGACAGAAGUCCAAUGUUUCGUUGGUAUUUGACUUCAUGGACACAGACCUGGAUGUGAUCAUCAAGGAUACAUCAAUUGUAUUAUCUCCUGCCCACAUUAAAGCCUAUAUACUUAUGACACUUCAAGGACUUGAGUACCUUCAUCUCCACUGGAUUCUUCACAGGGAUUUGAAGCCUAACAAUCUGUUGGUGAGCACACAAGGUCUGCUUAAAAUAGCAGAUUUUGGACUUGCAAAAUUCUUCGGAUCUCCCAAUAGAAUUUACACGCAUCAGGUUGUCACUCGAUGGUAUAGAUCACCUGAAUUGCUGUUUGGUGCUACUAUAUAUGGGACGGGAGUGGACAUAUGGGCAAUAGGAUGUAUUUUGGCGGAAUUGUUGUUGCGGAUCCCAUUCUUGCCUGGAGACAGUGAUCUGGACCAGCUGACCAAAAUCUUCAGGACUCUUGGUUCACCAACACCUGAGAAUUGGCCUAAUGUGAAGUUAUUGCCAGACUAUGUGAAAUUUCACCCGGAACAAAGGAUUCCAUUUCGAGAGAUAUUCACUGCUGCAUCAGAAGAUCUUCUUCAGCUUCUUGAAAGCCUUUUGCCUCUGGACCCAUCAAAGCGUUGCACUGCAUCCCAAGCCCUUCAGAUGCCUUACUUCAGCAACAGACCUGGUCCAACACCUGGGCCAGAUCUCCCUUUACCUGGCUUCCUGCGAACCAAGAAGCCUGAAGCUGAGCCUGGGAAUCGUGUGAAGAAAUUCAGAUCACAGAUUUUCAGGGCUGCCAAAGAAUCUGGAGCUGGUUUGGCUGCAAGAAGCCUGCAGUUCUCUGAAUGAUCUCCGUCCUGUGAUCCUAGUCUUUUGUUUCCUUAUGGACACGUCUUGGCUAUGUUGACGCAAGGAAGAAUAUAUGAUGGUCACUGAACUGAGUUUUAUUUGCAUAUUCUCCCAGUUAUCAUAUGGACAUGCUAUUGGCUACCUUGGUAUAGUUUUCUGUGGUUUACAGAUCCCUUGGAUCCGGUGCAUCCAAGGCGGAUCUGAUCUGUGUGCAGUGGGAGGGGGCUUGAGGGAACCGGCCUGGCAACUGUCAUCUCACACGGUGCAGCAACGGUAAACGGUUACGAAGACGGGAAGUUUCUUAAAAAAGCGAUCUAAGGAAUUGAAAUGAUUUGGAUACAAGGAUGGAAAAGAGGGUAAUGGUGUCAUGUGUGAUCUACGCCCAGUCGUGUUUAUGGUACUGCUUACUGCAUGGUGUCACGUGUGAUCUUCCUCCCCGAUUUCUCGUUUGUCGACCCUUUGUCUUGCCUUCCACCUUUUCAGUGUCGUAAGCCCUUUCACCUUUCACUGCGAGUAUAUAUAUAAACCUGUGUGUUUGAGGCG